AAGACAAUAAGUCUUUUGUUUUGCUAUCAUAUAUAAGGUGAAUGGUGUCGUGAAUUUAAAGUAAUUGAGUAAAACAUUUCAACAGAAAUGCGUUUCGUUUUUGUAAUAAUUAUGUUGAUAGUUCAAACCGGCGCUUCAAUGCCAAACGGUUUUCAAAAACCCACACGUUACGAUAACUUCGCAGUUUACAAAGUUUACGUAACUAAUCCACAGCAACGAAACAUAAUCAACAGUUUGUUAAAAAAUACAGAUUUGUAUAAUUUAUGGUACAAUGGACAAAAAGAGAUACAUAUAAUGGUAAAUCCCAAGGAGUUGCAAAACUUUAUAAGAAUCAUCAAUCGAGAGGGAUGGCUAACGGAGCUCUUGAUAACAAAUGUGCAAGCAUUAAUUGAUGCUGGUAACAAGCAGCCAUAAAUUUAUACAAUUAAUUGAAUUAAACAUGAAGUAUACAAAUAUAUUGCAUUUUUAUUUUGAUUGAGCUUUAUAAUUUUUAUAAUAAUAGCGGAGCAACUCUGCUGAGGCUUACUUCUCCGAUUUACAUCCUUCGCCACAGUCGGAGCCCUCACAAAUGUCACAGAGCGAGGACUUGACUUGGUAGUAUUCAGUAGAACUACGAUCCGUAUCGUAGUAGUCAUACAAUCUAACGGCAGCUGGCUUCUGCUUGGCCACAGAGUGAGCCCGAAUGCCCUCAACAUCAAGGCACUUAACAUCGCCAGGGG